GUUUUGUCGUUGCCGCAUAAAUGAGAGGUCAUCUUUGAGAAUCUUGAAAUCAGUGUUAUUUUAUAUUGUUUAGUUGCAGCGUUUAACCGAACAUGUCAAAUAAUAAACGUAAAAACCCAAUGUCAAACAAUAAACGUAAAUUGCCGUGCGUCCCUACUCGAGUCCGAAAAGCACGCAGGCCUGUCUCUGAUGAUGAAAGCAGUGAUUCCAACCAUUCAGAUCAUGCUCCACAAGAACCACCAAGAAGCCUAACUCCUGUUAGUGAUGAACCAAUGCCGAAGUUGCCAGAGGAGCUCUUACAAACAUUUUACAAGACACCUGGUGUCCUGUUGAUUGCGGGACUUGUUACCUGGGAUAUGGUGGCUAAGAGAGAUAAAACUACAUCCCAGCGUUCUCAGCCCAACCUCUUCACUUUCCACAAGUUUACUGAUCGCAAGUACCGCCUGAUUGUAAGCGGAUGCUGCGCUGGCCAUUCCAUUUUAGUCUCUGAAGAAGGCGAUGCCUAUACAUUUGGUCGUAACACAUGCGGUCAACUUGGCUUCGGUGAUACUGUCACUCGUAAUGUACCAGAACUGGUUCCACGUUUGAAAGGCAUGAACAUCAUACAUGCCGCAGCUGGCAGGAAUCAUUCUCUGUUUGUAACAGAUACGGGUGCAGUAUAUGCCUGUGGUGAGAAUAAAUGUGGACAAUGUGGUAUUGGUAAUACCACCGCUCAGAUUCUGGAGCCCACACGAGUGAGACAUUCUGGAGCACCAAUAGUGAGGGUUGGCUGCGGUGCUGAAUUCUCAAUGAUACUGGAUUGUAACGGCGCUCUGCAUUCAUUUGGAUUGCCGGAAUUUGGCCAAUUAGGUCAUAACACUGAUGGAAAGUACUUCGUCUCAUCAACGAAGCUGUCGUAUCACUUUGAGACAGUUCCUAAGCACAUUGGAUUCUUUUAUGAGAAGUCCAAAGAGGGAUAUGUAACUGCCGUGAAGGAUGUCGAUAUUGUCGACUUUUCUUGUGGAAAUAAUCAUACGGUGGCGAUUGAUUCUAAGAAGCGUGCGUUUAGUUGGGGUUUCGGUGGUUUCGGUCGUCUCGGCCACGCUGAACAGAAGGACGAGAGUGUGCCUCGUCUCAUCAAGUACUUCGACCACCAAGCGCGCGGCGUGCGAUCCGUAUUCUGCGGCGCUACAUACAGCCUCGCUGUCAAUGAACAUGGCAUGCUGUUCAUGUUUGGGCAGACUAAACGAACUGGAGAAGCCAAUAUGUAUCCUAAGCCUGUCCUGGAUCUUACUGGUUGGAACAUUCGUACUGUAGGGACAAGCAAUACGUCCAUAAUGAUUGCGGCUGAUGACUCCCUCAUCGCCUGGGGCGUUUCCCCCACGUAUGGAGAACUUGGAACCGGAGAAAUCAACAAGUCGACGGCAAAGCCCAAAGAAGUUAGCAAAAUGGACGGCCUCAAUAUAACACAAGUGACAAUGGGAUACUCUCACACUCUACUGCUCUGCGACAAUUCCAUUGAGGCUGUGCAGAAAAAGUUGUCUCUGUUGCCAGUUUUUAACCCUUAAAAACAUCCAUACAUUUUAAAAUAUUCAUUCCAGCAUUGCAUGAUAUAAUUAAUAAGUAUAAUAAUGAGGUCAUUUACUCUAUUCUCUCCUCAAAGGCCACAAUCACAUUGUCAUAUUAUACAUACUUCAUUGUGUGUAAAACACAUUUAAUAUUUUACUAAUUUCUUGUAGCAUGUUAAAAUACUUAAGAACAAAGAAUUGAUGUAGGCUAAGAAUGUUCAGUAAGAAGCAUUGGUGUUCCGUUUUAGAACAAUUCAUCAUUCAGAAUAAUAUGUUUCUAACUUGGAUUGUUAACUCUUAUAGAAUUUAUAUAUGCUAUGUAAAUUGCAACAAACAACGGACCACUAGAAACACGACUGAUCUAUUGUAACAGGAUAGUGUAAUCUCUAUUAGUGAUCUCUGUCAGGCAGUGUAUUAUUUUAGGCUUUUUUCUCACGCUGAUCAUCUGCAGUAUUCGACAUAUUAAGACUAAACGAUUGAUAAUUGAGACUGUUUUUAAUUCAUUUUAAAUAAGUUUAAAGUUUUAAACAAAGGAGAUUGGCCAUUAUAGUAAGGACUUUAUUUUUUUUCUAAAUUGCAUUUUAUCAAAUUGUAACUUAGUAAAAUGCGACUCAAUCUGUAGGAUUUUAAGUGUUUAUCCUAUUAUAAAAAAAAAAAAAACGUAAAUCUCUAAUGGCUUGAUGAGUGAGAAAAAAUUUAAGGUAAUGCAAUGAAAAUUUUUGACACAUAUACAUACCUAUUUUUUGUUUUUUUUUACAACGAAAUAAAUCUGUCCAAAACAAGAAAGUCGAUAAUUAUAAAGUUUCUAGUUUGUUACUGGUGCAAAAUAAUAAAUGGUCAGUCUCCUUAAUUUAGACAGUAUUCAAUACUGUUUCUUUACAACAACAGGGUAGGACUUUAGCACAUUUAUUUGAACGCAGGUAUUUUACCAUUUUGUUUAUUGAAAAAUAUAAACAAUUAUAGGUAAAAAGUUAAUUAAGGAUACACCUAAUUGAUUCAUUUAGCAUACACAUUUGCCUAAAGGUUGUGAGUUUUAUUUUUUAAUAGAAGUCCUCCCUGUUAGUUGCCCACCUCCGUUCACUAUCUUAGUAUACGAUUUUUAAAUAUUUACUUGAUAUUAUAUAAGAACUAUCUUUUUGUACUUGAAUAAAUUGUUUUUUUUUAUGAUGGUUUUACUGAUACAGUGUAAACACUUUGCCGUGAUUAGUUACAAUGAACCUGGUUAAAAUUAAUGUCAUUUACCUAAUUUUCCAAACAUUGAUAUUGUAUAUGAAUUUCUGCUUGUGUUAAAGAGAUAAUGCUUGUAAUUGAUUUUACCUCAAGGAAUAUAGACAUAUCUUUAUAUAAUUAAAAUGCUAUCUAUCGGUUUCUUUGAAGUGUUAACACUGUAUUACAUUUCUCAAUUACAUUUAAGGUUUAUAAUUCUCGUACUUAAUAUUUGUUUCUAAAUAAAGAGAACAUUACUAUAAAUAAUGAA